AUGGAUAAGUUACAUUUAUCCAAAGCUGAAUCUCCAAGGUGUCAUAUAUUUCUAGCUUUUGCAGACUUUGUUGUGUUCUGGGUUUUUGCCCUCUACUGUAAAAUGCUCAUGUCACACAUGCUUGUACACUCCUAUAAGAUUGCACCUUCAGUGUUCGCCUUGUGUGUAAAAAAUAAGCAGUCAAUGAAUUUGCCGAUUUUGUUGCUUACAUAUACUUUCUGUUCCAAGGCCGUAAAAUCAAUCUAUCACUGUGCUGCUUCAGCACAAACGGUCGAAAAUGUAUCAUGCUGUCCGGAAAACGAGACGGAGUGGAGAAGGGCUGCAGCGGAAAAAGAGUGCUGGACAAUUGAACACAACUGUACAAAAAGUCUCGAAUACCAUUGUGUACCCACUGAAGAUGUUGGUGGUUUUGUAGAAGUUUGUGCCGCCACAUUCAGAAAUCUUAAUGGUGUUUGCACGGAAUGGAAUACCUUAGGGGAAAUUAUUCAGCCCUCUUUCUUUAGGAAUUGUACCACUUCAUUGAGUCCAUGUUCCCCGUCUUACCUGUCCAAUGAAACAUUUGAAUAUUCAAUAUGUUACGAAACAAACAAUACAUGUACAGGUACAGAACAUUCUCAAAAGCAGCUAGAUGAUCCUAAGAAAUCAACUGCCACCAUUACUGGUGUUACCGUUGCAAUGCUUAUUCAUGUUAUAAUAGUAGUUAUCACCUUCAUAUCUUUCUAAG